AUGGCAUCUGAGCAGAAGCCUGUUGACAGCGGAGCUCCCGAUACCACCGACUUCGCCUCGAUCAAGAAGUACCCGCCUUUCUAUACACUCCAGCCAAACCUCACCACGCGUGCACGCCAGCUCGAGCUUUGGUCUAGCAUCAUCACGUCGUACUGCGCCCAGCAGCGAAUCUUUCGGCUGUCUCUAUCCUCGCCGCCCGCCGAUCUGUUUGGAAACGCCAGCAUCAAACGCUCCCUGAAGUCCGCCGACGUUCGCACGGUCCUCGACUACAUGAGCAAACCCGAGAAUGGACCUCGCAUUGAAUGGAUUCCAUCGACAGGGCGGGGCGAGCAAAGUAGUACCUGCUAUAUCUACUGGAAGACACCAGCCGAGUGGGCGGACACCAUCUACAGCUGGAUCGAUGAUACUGGUCAAAAGGGCACCGUGCUUACAAUCUACGAGCUGAGGGAAGGUGAUGCAGUGCAGGGCAAAGAGUGGAAGGACAUUGACGAGACUUUGCUACGGAAAGUCCUGGCUGUGCUGGUGAAGCGAGGGAAGGGUCAAAUCUUUGGUCAGGAGGAGAGCGCCGGUAUCAAGUUCUUCUGAGCGGCCAGCUAUCAGAGAUGGAACACGCCUACGACCAGAAGCUUAAGAAUACUGGCGAGUAUUC